GGGACUGUGAUAGGUAACAUAACUGGUGAAGAUUUCGAUGGGCCUGACCCGCUAACAUUCUACUGCGACACUGACGCCACCAAGGAGCUUGUCUCACUGAGCCCGCCAAGACGGCUCACCAAUUCAUCUUCUAUAGUAGACAUCAUCCUGAAGACGCAACUUGAUAGAGACUAUGUAAGCUUACUAUCCUUAAUAUUCCAAGAAACUACAAACACAUGACUAUGUUAAGAACAUAGUAUGUUUGUAACUCAUACACGAAUAUGUUAGUCUCUGAAUAUAUGUUAGGUAAACUGAAAUUAAAAAAAAAAUUAUAUAACUACAAAAAUAUAUUAAAUUUAAAAUAUCAUAGAAAAUAGUUAGAUCGAAUACUUGAAAACUUUCAUGAGUAAUUUGUCAUAUUUCUUAUAUGCAAAAUGGAUAUUUGAGAAUGUAGGUUUAUUGGGUUAGAGUUGUAAUUAUUCUUGAAACUUAACAGAUAUGUUUUAAACUAAUAGACCUAUUGUUACUCCAAAAAAGCUGUGUAAUUGGGAAAACAAUAUUUGUUUAAUUGUACAACAUUUUUUUUAUAACUUCCAGAGCAAUUGAUUAGACAAUUUUGUGACGUAAAAUUUUUAACGUUCACACUUCAAUUGUUGUAUGGCCAGAUUGUAAGGUUUAAUCAUUUGUAUUUCUUUGUAUUGCAGGCUCCUAAUAUGAGGACUUUGUAUUUUUCUAUAUCAGAUGGAGCGAGUUCGGUAAAUAUUUUAACGCUUAUUGGUAAAAAAAAAUAACAAUAUAACACUUCAAUGCAAUGUAAGAAGUCAGUUUUCAUCUGUAAAGAAGCCAAAAUCUAUUUACAUCUAAGCUGACACGUUUCUUCACUUGAUACCUUUUUUUGGUUCUAUUUUAUUUGUAUUUUAUUGUGCUUCAAAUAUAUACGAGUAAUUGUUAACGACUGGCUGGGUCUACAGCUUUGUGUUCUUACUUGACCACAUCCUUUUAGAAGCCCAGCAAGUCACUAAUGUAUGUUUCCAGUUAAUGAAUCUACCCACAGUCACAUCUGCUGAACCUUGCUGCAUACUUUGUGUAUAAUUUAGGGGGGUCUCCCUUACCUGCACGUCCCUAAACUUCACGGCUGUGCUUAACAAGGAAAAUUGUCCCUGGGCUUUGCCAUUUUUUGGCGUAGUUUGAUUGAAAGUCCCCCAAGUUUAUUUUUGAUUCCAUCAUGAAGUAGAACGAUUUUUUUUUACCAUUUAAUUACAACAGAGCAACAUUUAAAGUUGUGAAAGAUAGAGACACAUAGACCCAACAUCACUGUGUGUAGAUGUGAAUAGUUUCAGACACAUCUCCACCACGUGUGUCAAUGCCAAUAGUUUCAGUCACAUCUCCACCACAUGUGUCAAUCCCAAAAAUUUUCAGACACAUCUCUACCACGUGUUUUAAAGCCAAUAGUUUCAGACACAUCUCUACCACGUGUGUCAAUCCCAAAAGUUUCUAACACAUCUCCGCUACGUGUGUCAAUCCCAAAAGUUUUAGACACAUUGUCAUGUUUACCACGUGUAUCAAUGCCAAUAGUUUCAGACACAUCUCUACAACGUGUGUCAAUGCCAAUAGUUUCAGACACAUCUCCACUACGUGUGUCAAUCCCAAAAGUUUCAGACACAUCUCCACCACGUGUGUCAAUCCCAAAAGUUUCAGACACAUCUCUACCACGUGUGUCAAUGCCAAAAGUUUCAGAUACAUCUCUACCACGUGUGUCAAGGCCAAUAGUUUCAGACACAUCUCUACCAAGUGCUUCAAAGCCAAUAGUUUCAGACGCAGUAAUAGUAGUCACAUACGCUGCUUUAAAGUUACCACUUGUAUCUGAAGGGAACUUCAAAGAUAACUUCGCAUAUUCUUUUUAACAAGCCUCAAAGGGGUUUUGCGGAUCAAAGAAUCUAAUACCGUGUAUUCCAAAGCAGUUACACCAAGAAUAUUGACAUAUUCUGUAUGGAAUUCAACAAAAUUUAAAGUGUGUUUUUAAUGGAACAAAAGAUGCCAAUAAAUUUGGACCUGAAUGUUUUGGACACUAUACUGAUUGCAUGACAUCGCGACCUCAGUAUCGUAUAAUAGUGCUCUGCAGUUAUAAAAUGAAUUUCAUUUCUACAGCGAUUGCUGUGGCUGUCUUUCCGGUAAUAUGAAUAAAGCCAAGAAAAAAUUCAUCUUAACACAACUCAACUACAACUUCUUUCACUUUUUUGGAAAUCUGCUCAAAACGCGAGAGAUUUGGAACAAUGGAAAAAAUAAUGGCUCAUGUCCAUGUCAAAUGUGCAGGGAAUUGGCGCCAUGAUGUCAUUUGCGUGAAUUUUUUAAUUUUUGUGUGGAAGUCACAGAUUAAGCCUUUUAUCACAUAAUUAAUUUCGUUAUAUAAUUUCCCGCUUAAGUUAUUGUAUCUAGGACGUUACCGAGAUUUAAAUGGUCUUCUAGCGAUCCUAAAUUUGGGGGACCAAAAGUCCCGUAAAAACGGGAUUGACCCGUUUUUCACGUUUGUACCUGUUGUCCCGAAAAAGUUUCUCGGAACGCCUAAAUAUCCCGUUUAUUAAACCAAACACAUUUUCAAAUCACUAAAACGUCCUAAUUUAUAUUAUAACUUCAAGUAAUAUUGUCGCUAGCUAUGUAGCCAGUGCCAGUAGUGAUGUGGACUCGCGUGAUGGUUGCACUGCCCCCCCCCACCACCAGAGUCCCUGCCAUAGACAUUAAAAGUAAAUGUAUAGCGAAAGACACGAGACUUAUAUCCUAUAUCCAAUUAAUCAUCCUAUCCAAUUAAUCAUCCUAUAUCCAAUUAAUCAUCCUAUAUCCAAUUAAUCAUCCUAUAUCCAAUUAAUCAUCCUAUAUCCAUUUAGGCUAAUCGUCCUAUAUCCAAUCAGUCGUCCUAUAUGUAGUCAAUCCUCUUUUAUCCAUUCAAUCAUAGGUAUCCAGUCAAUCCUCCUAUAACCAGUCAAUCCUAUAUCCAGUCCAUCCUAUUUCCAUUCAAUCCUUUUAUAAACAGUCAAUCCUCCUAUAUCCACUCAAUCCUUCUAUUUCCAGUCAAUCCUCCUAUAUCCAGUUAAUACUAUAACCAAUCAAUUCUCCUACAUCCAAUCAAUGUUUCUAAAUCCAAUAAAUUCACCAUAUCCAAAUCGAUACUGACUGGUAUAUUAAGUUAAUCCUAAAUCCAGUUAUUCCAAUAUCCACUCAAUCCUAUAUCCAAACAAUUCCCCUAUAUCCAGUGAAGCAGAAAGCGCCAUCUACUAGAAGAACAGCAAAGCUAGUGGCUAAAAAUGUGGGUUUAUUUUGGAAAAUCUGAAUAUGUCUACCCACUGGUUAAUUAUGAUUUUAAAAAAGUAUAAAAAUUAAACACAACUUACCAAACUUCUUUUCCAACUCAGAUUCCAGUGUUGAUAAAACUGUACAUACUAGAUGUUAAUGAUGUUGCUCCACAAUUUGUCAACCUGCCCUAUGAAGUCACGAUUAAAGAGGUGUGGGUCAAUUCUUUUAUUUGUCUGUGUACUUUAAGGAAUUUGUGAGAGAUUUUUUAUUAUGUCAUAUUAUUUAAAUAAUAAUUGUUUGUUUGUUGGUGUUUUUUCAAAUAUUAAUCUAGUCUUUAAGAAUAAUAUACCUUUUGUUUAUUUCAAUUGUAUAUCACUUGUCAAUAAAUACUCCACAAAUUUCAGGACGCUCAAGCGAAUACUGUUGUGUAUUCUGGUGUUUCAGUUGUAGAUCCAGACACUGCUCGGGUGGAAAUCUCAAUGGAGGUGGGAAACUCAUAUAUAAAUAUAUAUUAAGUUUACAUUUAUAUUCUCUCUAAGGGUUAUUUUCAAUUUAAAUAUAAUUUAAUUAACACUCAAAGCAUUAUCAUUAUACAUCAGUGGAUAAUUUAAAACAUGAAAAUGUGGCUGAUGGGCCCACAAAGUUGAAAUAUACAUUUUUACUUCUCUAAUAAAACUCACACUAGUCAAACAUUCAGAUGUGAACUAAAGCACAUCAGUCAUACAUUCAGAUGAGCCUAGUAUGAUUUAUGUAUUGUCAAAGUAUUUAAUGAGUUAUUUGUAUUACAAUGCUUGAAAGUGAUUAAGUCAUUAAUACUAAUUAAUAAAAAAAACUAUUUUAAUGAAAUUCAUUAAAAUCAUAAAUUAUAUUUUAAAUUUACAAAUUAUUGUUUUUUUUUCUUGUAGACUAAUGCUCAGGUAAGAAGCUAUUUUUGUUAGUUUAGCAUUAAAACAUAUCUAUACAACAUUUUUAUCAGGCUUAAAUGAAAUUAUUUAAACUUUAAAUAAAAGAGAUCAAUAACUAUUGAUCAAAUAUUGCAAAAUGACAAAUGCUUUUAAAAUAGUUUUAUAUCAUGAUUGGUGACAGCUGGUCGAUAAGACCUAUUAUAUAUUUUAAAUGUUGAGCACAUUAUUGAAAUUUUUUUUUUGAAACUAUUUGAAAUAAAUAAUAGACAGUGAAUUUUUUAAAUAAUAAUGAACAAUUUAAUAUUUUAGCACGCAAGCAGAUUAAAAAGGCUUAGGCUCUUUACAUUCUUAUUGGAUGAUAAAAUAAUAGCUUGAAUGUAUUUAGAGAAAUACAGUUAUAAAUUUGAAUUUACACAUUUGGUAGUUAAUUAUAGAAUAUUAAUUAUCAAAUUGUUAUUAUAAAAUAGUUAUGAGUUAUUAUAAAAAUGUUAUUAUAAAUGUUCUGAUCUUAGUGUUUGAAUUCAUAUUCCAAGCACUUCAUUGAAAUUCAAAAGCAAAAUCCAUCUCUCAUCACUAACAAAUUUUACUAAAUGAUUCACAUUUUCACGUAAAUUAUGGUUUAGCAUGCUGCUUUUGAUGAUAAAUGCUUCCUUCUCCCAGGCAACUGAUGAGGAAUACAAAACAACUUUUAUAAUUAACCCUUUUACUGGCCAUAUAACAUUGAACCGCACACUGGACUAUGAGAAACACAGCUAUUACCAAUUCAAAAUCAUGGCAGUGGUAAGGGGGAUUACACAGAUCUGAGUUCUGCUUCAUGUUUUAUAAAGCUCCAUCAAAUUUAAAUGUCUUUAGGAAAUUCAUUACAAGUUUUAUUUUGUUUUUUGUAGCAUUUAAAACAUGUUUACAGUUCUUAAAGAAGUCUUAUCUGGAUUAUGUACAGAAAAAAACAUAUGUGAUAUAUUUACUAUAGAUUUGAGAUCAAAUACAUCUGUGAGACAGAUUUCAGUAACUUUGUUGUUUGUCACUUUAGUUUUGAAGGAAUUGUAAACAUUAUGUUUUACUAAAUGUAAGCUAUCAUAAAAAUUAAUUUACUAAAUUGAUUUUUUUUCAAGUUGUAAAGCAUUAAAAUAAAAUUUUAAAGAAAUUAAAAUUUCUUAACAAAUAAAUUUUGAAAAGUUAAAGAAAAGCUCACAAAUCUUGGUUGUUUUAACUAAACAAUUAUCAUUACAAUGGCCAAUUAAUUCUUAUAUUUAUUUUUUUGCUUAUAUUUUUAAAGCUUACAUCAUACAUUUAUACUCUCGAUAUGUAUGAUUUCUAACUUAAUUUAAUGAGCAACUGAACACAUAUAAGGCAUUUCUAAUGCAGGCUUAAUUGAAAUUAAGAUUGAAAAGUUAUGGAGUUAGUAUUUCUUGUAAUUUAAGAAGGACAAACAUGUACUAUUUAUUGUUACAGAAAUGUCAGUGGAAUAAAGUGAAAAGUUAUUUCUACUUAAAGAUAGUUUGCCUGAAAGAUCAUUUUUCUCUAUAAAUUUUCAAUAAUUAUAAUGGGGUUUGUGAUAAAAUUUAUACACAUUUAAAAUAUUUAAUAUAUAAGCUAUAUAGAUAUAUGAAAACAAGACUAUGUAUAAUUCAAAUGUUACAAAAUAAUUUUAGUGUUAUAACAAACUUAGUGAAAUCAUUAAUCAUCAAAAUGUGUAAAAAUACUUCAAAAUGCUUAAGAUGUCUCAAAGUUUUGCCAAAAGAGCAAAAUAUACCUUAAUUAAUGUUUGAUGUUAACAUUUGAAUGGACGUACUAAUGGCAUAGUUUUCUUAUUUAAUCACAGGACCAAGGUGGUCUGAAAGCUGACCCUGCCAGUUUUGUUGUUUAUGUUCUAGAUGUCCAGGACACAGCACCAAUAUUUGUCAAUUUGCCUUACAGUGAACAAACAUAUGAAAAUGCUACAGUGGUGAGUCGGUUUUAUCUGUCACUUUUACUUGGCUACUAUUUCCCUAAAUGACAUUAACAUAUUUCUUCCUAUUUUUAGAAAAAUCUGAAAAUCCUCUAACUAUUCAAAUGAAAGCAGGCUAUUUUAUAUGCUAAACAUUUUCAGAUAUUGUUACUCACAAAUUUUUGCAAAGCCAUUAGCAUUCAGUUAUGGACUUCCAUGUGCAUUUGCAGCCUAUCAGUAAAUCUUACAUUUUAAAUUGGAGAUCAAUGCUUUUUUGAUUAUUUUAUUUUCCUAAUUUUCAUAUUUACCAGUGUUAGUGUUAGCAAAGUGAAGUUAAAAUUCAUUUAAAAGUCAUAUUGAUUCUCUAUAAAAUACCAUCACAAUGUAUAGAAAAUCUUAAUUAUGGUCUUUUUAAAAAUCUUAUUGCACUUGCCCAUAAAUAAGGCUGACACAUUAUGAUACAAUGCAUUGAUUAAGAAUUUUUUCUUUUUCUUGAAAUUUUUACAAUGUUCACUUCUCCAGGGUAAGUCAAUACUUAAGGUUGUUGCUGUGGAUGGAGACAAGGGUAUUCCUAAUAACAUUACCUACAGCUUUGAAAGUGGUGAGUAAAAUGGUCGGAAUAUGUGCAUAAUGCAAAGUAAAACUAGUAAAAGAAGUUUCAUUUUCAUAAAUUUGUGACAUAUGGUUUUAUGUUUUAUUAUGUUUUAUUAUAUUUUUUUUACAACAUGUUUAACAAAUAUCAUAAAUGCUUUAGAUUCUCUUUUCCAGUAAGCAUAUUAUUUUUUACAUCAACAUCCAACUUUCAUACAUAUUUCAUAGAUUCUUUACAUUCCAAAAAUAGAACUAGAUUGGUGACUGAUAAACCUAAAAUAAAAGUAAACACACAAAAUACCCUGUAUCAUUGAAGUGAAUGUUACUUACCAUAUAUCUAUAAAUUAACAUUAUUAUUUUAUUGUGUCCUUAGUCAAGUUUAAUGAUGUAUCCAUUACACCUGUCAAACCAUGUUCAAUUAAUUGUUAUUAUUUAUGCGUAUAAUAAAUAUUAUUAAAAUAUAUUUAUUUUAUUAUAUAUUUAAUCCUUUCUUCAAAAAAUAAUAAAAUAGGUAGCUACAGCAACUUUAAUAUUGAUCCAACAACUGGUGUCAUUACUGUUAAAUCAUCAUUAGAUAGAGAUUCAGAGGCUAUGAGAAAUAAUGGUGGAGUCUAUGCCAUGAUAGUUAAGGUAAGUCAGAGCAGAAAAAACUUUUAAAUACAUUUUAAGAAAAAAUUUCAUUAGACUGGGUAAAAAAUGUACUUCCAAAUAAAUAUUUAUUACUUUUGUAUGUUAAAAAUAAUUUUUAUACCUGAGUCUGGUUAUCCAUUUAUGUUAUACAAAUGAAGGCAGCUGAGGUGGUGCCACCUGGGCAAGUAAACAAGGGGAAUACAACAGCAUUGACCUUGGUUACCAUCACAGUGCUAGAUGUUAAUGACAAUGCACCAACCUUUAGUCAAACAAACUACAAUGCAACAAUCCUAGAGAACAUGCCUCAAGGCGUACCCAUCAGCUUGAUAGGAAAUAUCAUGAGAGUCUUUGAUAUCGACCAGGUAAGAUUAAAUGUGUACAUAAUGAGGGUGAUUGAUAUAAACUUGUAAUAUUAUAUAAGCCUUUAAAUUAAGAGCCCAAUACUUAAGACAGGGUUAAAAUAGCUUAUUGUUAAAUCAAGCCCAGGGAUUUGGAUUUUUAUAUGUUUUCUCAUUCUGUUUUUUUUUUUUUAAAUAAUUUAUUCAUUAUUUUAUAGUUAACUUACAUUUAAAAAAAAAAUCAAUUCCCAUAUUUUAUACAAUUUGAAGUAAUAUUUCUAUAUGGAUCCAAAAAUUCUCAUUCUGUUUUUUUUUUUUUUUUAAAUAAUUUAUUCAUUAUUUUAUAGCUAACUUACAUUUAAAAAAAAAAUCAAUUCCCAUAUUUUAUACAAUUUGAAGUAAUAUUUCUAUAUGGAUCCAAAAAUAUGUAAGUGAUGUGCAAGAAACAUUCGUACCUUAUCUCCUCUAGUAAAUUUUAAAUAAAGCUGUUAUUAAAAAUGUAUUAGUUGCAUUUACUCUUUUAUUAGCUCAUAUAAAUUUGUUAUACUUUAAAAAAAUUUUUUCAGUGUAGUAAUAAAUAAAAGUUAGACUCAACAUUGGGACAAUGUUAAUGCAAUUAAUUACUCUCAUAAGUGAUCUCAAACAACAUUAAAGCAAUCUACACACCUUAUGGAACAGAUAGAAAAAAAAAAUCAAAUUGUCGCUCUAUUAAUUUAAAACUGUCUUUUCGAGUCAUUCCAGCCUUAGUUCAAGUAUCAAUUUGUCAGCCAAAAAUUAGGCUUUUGUAACAUUGUCAGUUAACUGCAAUUUAAAAAUAUUAUUUUUUAAUCAAAUGCAACUGUCAAGAUGAUAAAAUAUAACAGGAUAAUAAAAUAUUCCGGAGUUUUAAAAUAAAACGUAGUUGUGAAAUAAACAUGAGUUCCACAAUUAAGAUAACCUAAUUAUCUUUAAUCCAGGGAGAUAACAGCCAUUUUGCUGUGUCAUUAGAGAUGAAGGGUGCAAGCUACUUUGACUUCUCCCCCCUGCCGCAAGAAAUUUAUUCAGAAUCAGCAGUCCUAAUUAGAGUCAACACUUCAGAUGCUUUGGACUAUGAAAAGAAUCAGAGGUUAAUAUUUCAGGUGGGUUUGAUCCAGCACAGUGUUAUUCUUUAUUGUAUUAUGAUAAAAUAAUUUUCAAAGACUUUUGUUGGCAUUCCAAUAAUUUAUGCUCUGAUUAAUGUUAGUAAAUAAAAUUACUUUUCAUUUCAGUAGAUGAAAUUUAUCAUUCAUUUAAUAUUAUAAAAAAAUAUUUUAAAAUACUGUUAUCAAAUUGUUUUUAUCUUAAUAAUGACAAUAAUUUUAUUAUUCAAAUUAAUUCUUUUGAAGUCUCUGCUGUCAUCCUAAAUUUUUGCUUUGCCUUUAAACACAAUUAUUGUAUGCCAUUAUUUUGAGCAGGUCUACACAUUAAAAUGUUUAAAAAGAAUUAAUAGAAAGUGAUGUUUUAUGUUGUGAAUAUAACAGGUAGUGGCCAGAGAAAUUAACACAGUUGAAAGGCGCUCAAGUACAUCUACAGUAACUUUAGAGAUUGAAGACAUGAAUGACAAUGCACCAGUCUUUAAUCAAACUGAUUAUAGUCUUAGUGUUUAUGAGAACGCAGCAUUGGAUGCAUCUCUGUACCAAUUUAUGGUAAGUGAAAACUUUCAACUGUGAUAAGAUAUUUUAUAAAUUUUUGUAUGAUUUUCUUUUUAGGGCAAAGCUAGAUAAUGUUUUGGUUUUUUGAUUGCUCACUUUUUUUUUUCUUAUUCAGACUUGUCAUGAUGAAAAUUAAAAUAAAUUUAUUUAAAAAAACAAAAUAUUUGAAAGUUUCCCUCAGAUUAUUUGAAUGUGUCUUCUUUCUUCUCCUCUGUCUUUUCAAGGCAUCAGACCUAGACUCAGGAAAUUACAAAGAAAUUCAAUUUUUUCUAAAAGGUGGCAGUGGCAGGUAUGAGUGAAAUUUAAAAAUUAAAAUAAGAUUAAAACUAUUUUUAAAGCCUGCUAAAUUAAGUUACUGUUCUGCAUUUGUUUAUCUCAAUAUUAUGAAAAUUUAUUUGGUUUAUGAAACACAUCACAGUUUUAGAACUGUUCUAAUUAUUGUCUUAUAUAUAGUUAGGUUUACUUUCAAUUUUUCUAACAGUUAAAACCUACAAAAAUUAGUUAUGGAAUUUUUUUGUGCAGAUUUAUCAUUGUGAUAUAAUGCAUGAAUAUUAAAAAUGCAUGGUUAUUGUAGAUAUUUGCCUAUGAAUAGGACUUUUAAAAAAUGUGUCUUUGCAUAUUUUCACUUUUGGCAACUGUCGAAUUCAGUAUAAAAUUAUGAAAACCAACUUUGAUUUCAGAUUUCGCAUAGAACCCAAAACAGGUAUUUUAAGAGUGGCUGGUUCAAUAGACCGUGAGGAAAUCAACCAAUUUUUCUUGACAGUAGAAGCCAGAGAUGGUGGUGGUCUGCGCACACCUGCUGAGGUCACCAUGACAGUGCUGGAUGUCAAUGACAAACGCCCUGUGUUUAUGAGAGAUGAUUAUUAUGGAAUUAUCAAAGAGAGAUCCUUUCAGUUUCUGAGACCUUUGAAAGUGGAAGUAAUUAAUCCAAUUUUAAUAAUUGUCUUUAUGUAAAAUAGCCUUAGAAAUCCUAUUACCGGUAUCAAAAUUUUGUAAGAUAUGAAAAAUAACUAUAUCAAUAUUCUAUUUGAAUAUGAUUUAGACACAUACAAUUAUUCCCUGAGCUUCUGUCUUAAGAAUUAUGUCAUCUGAGAAAAAAAAUGGAUAUAAGAAAUCUAAAUUAUUGUCAUACAUAAUUCUUAGGUUAUUUUUUAAAAAUUAAUUAAAAAACAGAUGGUUUCUCCAAAAUUUAUUUAGGUCUUAUUCUACAUCAAUAAAGUACAAGCAAUGUAGCAUUUCAUGCCAUUUAUUAUGGUAAUCCUGUGUCACUACCCAUUCUAUCUCAUUUACUUGACAGGCAUUUGAUGAAGAUGAGGCUAACACCAAUAACAGCCUUGUCUCCUACAGAAUCCAGAAAACUCCACCAAAUCUCAGCACUAAUUUCACAAUUGACAAUAAAACUGGUGUGAUAACAAUCACCAGUCCCUUGGAUUAUGAGAAACUAGACAAAUCGUUGGCUGGCUUGGUGACACUCAUCAUUGAAGCCUAUGACGCUGGGAUUCCCUCACUGUCUUCACAAGUUAUCGUCAAUGUUACUGUUGAGGUAGGAAGCAAAAUAAGUAAUGAAGAUGUUAGUAUUUGAAGGUGCAAAUGUAUCAGCUGAAUAGGUUUGUUUCUUAUCCAUCUACAAUUACCAUUUAUUUAUUUUUAAAUUUACACCACGGCCAAAUAAAUGUCAUGGUUAAAAGUAAUUAUGCUUAUUUAUUCAUGAAAAUUGUGAUUGCAUUGCAGGUGGUUAUAACCUGGUUUAUGUGUUUAGACUUUAAGAACUGUAGAUCUGAUGUAAUCAACUUCCAUUGAUUGUGAUUUUUAACUUUGUGAUUAAUUAAUUUAUGAACGUUUUUUUUUUAAUACUGGAUUUAACUGUAAAUUAUAUUUUUUGUCCAAGAAAUGACAUUAAUAUACUUCUGUCAUUUUAAAUAUAUUUGUGAGAGAAACCCAUUUAAACUCCAAUAGUGUUAUUGUUUUUUCAUUUCUUACAAAACAUUGCAAAGUUGGAUUUAGAAAUUUGUUUAAGUUUAAAAGUUAAAAACCAAAGGGUGGAAAAAUGGAUUUUUCAAUGAAUUCUUUGUUUUCCUGCAGGAUGUUAACGAUUAUCCUCCAGUUUUUUACAACACAUUGUAUUCUACUUCUUUGCCAGAGAAUUCUCCGGAAGGUAAUUUUCUCAAUAGUUACCCAGUAAAAAUGUGCUAUUUCUUAAAAAUAUGAAGUGGAAAGACCAAUAUGUGUUAUUGGUCAUCAUGAAACCACCUUUGUUAAACUAUUAUUUAUUGAUGUUCACAGGUUUUUUGGUGAUUACAGUCAAUGCCUCUGACUUUGAUGGUACCAGUCCUAAUAAUGAGUUUAUUUACCGUAUUGAGAGUGGGGCCCUUGACAAAUUUAGAAUAAACUUUCAGACUGGAGCGGUGGAGGUAGAGAAGGGAGCUGACCUUGACAGAGAAUCAAAAGAAAUUUACACACUUACCAUAUCUGCCAUUGACAGAGGCACACCACCUCUAACUGGCAAUUGCUCUCUUAAGGUAUUUAUUUUACCAUGCAUAAGUAUAUAUAUUUAUCAAUGCUUAAAUUAACAACAAAGUACAUAAAUUACUGAGAAUUUACACUGUGGAUUUGGAAUAUUUUAUAAAUCAUACUUAAAACAUAAAUAAAAAAACAACAUCUAAAGAGCAAUCGCUAAAUAUGUUCAAAUGGCUUUGAAUUUUACUUUAUCAUAUAAAAACUUUAAUCUCCAAAAUUUAUUGGUAAAUACAUAACGGAAGAAAAUAUGUUUAUAUGAAAAAAAAAAAAACGGCACGGACAUUACAAAUUAAAAAAUUUCUAUUUGUUGCUUUUUGUGUCUUGUCUGCUGAAGAAGGCAUUUUUCCAAAAAAUACUUGUAAUUGUCUUGCUUUUUUAAGGCUGAACAUUUCUUUUUCCACUGUUUAUUUACUUUACAUAGCUUGAAUGCAGUCCCUUGUACAUUAACAAUUGAAGGUGCUGAUCUGUUAAGGACAGCAGAACACAAAAUCAUAAUUAAAAGGAAUACAUUUCAUGAUUAUAUUCAUAUAUAAUAUGACAAAUUAUUCACUGAAAAUUGAAUAUUUAACAUUUUUUAAUCUGAAGUUUUUAUAAUAUUGUUUGUUGCUUCUACAGAUUACAUUGACCGAUGUCAAUGAUGAAGCGCCAAUUUUUCGGUUUUCAUCGAGAAGUGUAGAAGUGUCUGAAAAUAGCAACAAAGAUUCACCAGUGUUCUUGUAUGAUGCAACAGAUAUGGACUUAAACAACAAACUUCAAUACGGCAUAGGCGAAAUAAUGUACACAAAGGAAAAAAAUGAUGACAGGCUGAGUGCCACAGGAACUGCGGUUAAGGUUGGUGCAUUUUAGCUCAAGCUCCGGUAAUGGGUGGCACACUUUAGCUCAAGCUCGGGUCAUGGGUGGCAAACUUUGGCUCAAGCUUGGGUCAUGGGUGGCACACUUUAGCUCAAGCUCGGGUCAUGGGUGGCACACUUUAGCUCAAGCUCGGGUCAUGGGUGGCACACUUUAGCUCAAGCUUGGGUCAUGGGUGGCACACUUUAGCUCCUUUUUUAAUGGUUUUUUUUUAAAUAACAUAUUUUGCAUUGGAUAUAAUUUUUAACAUUGUUAUUUUUAAAUCCACCUAGUAUUAUUUUGGAAUCAGCCCAUCCACUGGACAAGUGUAUGUCAACAAUAGUUUAGACAGAGAGACAGCCAGCAAGGUGAUCUUGCAGGUGAUAGCUGAGGAUACAAAGGCAGAGAUUGGAAAACAAACGGCGACAGGUAAAUCCUACUUCAAUUUACCUCAUUGAGAAAUCAAGCCAUAAAAGUUUUUUCAAUGAAAAUUAUAUUCAGUUAGUUAUUUCAGUACCUGGGUUGGAGGGAAAAUUGAAAAUGUGUUGUCCCUCAAUUGCUAGUAUCCCUAUUUGUUGUAUUGUUUUUCUACAAAUUUUAAACCACCACAACCAUGUUUAGGCAAAAAUAUCAAAACUGAAAAAGAAAAGCUAGAACUGAACUCAGAACACCAUCAGAUCACCAUCAGAUCACCAUCAGAACACCAUCAGAACACCAUCAGAACACCAUCAGAACACCAUCAGAACACCAUCAGAACACCAUCAGAUCACCAUCAGAACACCAUCAGAUCACCAUCAGAACACCAUCAGAUCACCAUCAGAACACCAUCAGAUCACCAUCAGAACACCAUCAGAUCACCAUCAGAACACCAUCAGAACACCAUCAGAUCACCAUCAGAUCACCAUCAGAAAACCAUCAGAUCACCAUCAGAUCACCAUCAGAACACCAUCAGAUCAACAAAGAACGGAAGGAAACAUAAACAGUGUGCAUUGUUGAGUUUGCUCACAGUGGCUUGCACUCAGCUGAACAGAGCUUCAACACACACAGCAGUCUUGUCCUCAUUUGACUGCACUCUUUAAACAUAUCUGGCCAGGUGAUAUAGUGCCAUGGAGCAAGCACUGCAAACCACCAGUACCCACAAAGGAUGAGAGAUUUCUGAAGAUAAAAUUGCUUUAUCAUCUUGUGCAUCACAGGGGAUGUCAAAAACUGGACUUGCCUAAAAAAAUUAUGUUGCAUGUAACUACAGCUUAGCUCUUGAUCUCACUAAAUCUUUGCUUAGGGUAUUUUUUACAAUACUCCUGUUGUCUACAUGUGAAGAUUGUAUCAUUCAAUUCAGGCCUUGUACUGGGACAGAAAUAUUUAAAACGGAACACAAUUUUACAGUGUAGCAUCGUACCUGGUAAUUAACGUGUUAAAACUUUCCACCUGACUUCAUUUAGAGAUACGGCAUUUUAUAAUUUUAUAUUCAUGGAAAUCAAAGGUUUAUUCAAAUGAGCAAUUAUUCCCUUAUAAAUUAAUGACAAUGAAAUAUUAGAUUUAUGAUUUUACUAACUGAAAGCAGGCAAAGUGUGAAAUCCAGGCAAAAAAUAAAAUUCCUCGGGAAUGUUUAUAACGGCCUAUGUAUUUCACAGUUUGCACCUAAUAAUAAUAAUAAUAAAGUUUAUUUGAAAAACACGCUCCAUUCCCAAAAGCUCGAAGCGCGGUACAAAGUCAACCAUAUUAUAAAGAGAAAUAAAAACAAUCUAAAAUUUACCACAUUUAAAAAACAGACGCAACCAUAUAAAACUACAUUCGAGCAUAUCCAGUCAAAGUCUUUCAUCCCGUUUCAACCAUAAGCAACACAAGCCAAUAUCCAUUAACUAUAAAAGAUGGUAGAUAGCAUCACCCCAGAAAGUGUUUGCGAAAUAGAUGUGUUUUUAAAUCGGUUUUGCAUACCUAGAUUGCAUACUUUGCCCGUAACAUAUACUAUUUGUAAAAAUGCAAAUGAGGUUGAACUACUUACAUAAAACUUUUGUAAAAGAAACAGCAAUCUAGUGAUUGUUAUGACUCAAAUAUCAACGUCUCUGUUUUUGUCAACAACAAUCAGCAACACUAACAGUCACAAUCCUUGACUAUAAUGACAACCCUCCCAAGUUCCUGCCAUCUGCCGUCUACCGCACCUCGGUUAAUGAGGCGGAAAAUGUCAUGUCCAUUAUCUUACAAGUCUCAGCCACUGAUGCUGAUGAAAGUCAGACAGUCACAUUUAGCAUUGGUACGACCACAACUGAUGCAUUUGCUGUCAGCAGUGAUGGUAAGUUUAAACUUUAGUACACAUCAAUUUAUUACUUCAGGUAAAGUAAUGUUAUUUCAAAUCAAAUUGUUAGUUCAGGUACAGUAAUGUAAGCGCACAUCAAUUGAUUAGUUCAGGUACAGUAAUGUAAGUACCAUUACACAUCAAUGUGUUUGUUAAGGUACAGUAAUGUAAUUACACAUUAAUUUGUUAGUUGUUAUAGUAAUGUAAGUACAUAACAGUUUGUUGAUAGAAUGUUGGUGUUUUAUUGGUCAACAACAAUAAUAAUUAGAGUUAGCUUACGUCACAUCAUGCAUGUUUGGGAGGGGGGUGAGUUGGGGUAAAUGGUUAGACAUAUAUUUUUAUAUAAUUAUUUUCAUUAAGUAUUUUUAUUGCUAAUAUGAUAUUAUGUUUAAUGAGGGUGCCAUCAUAUUGAUGACUUUUUUAUGGUAAGGUUAUAAAUGAACUUUAAGGGUUGAUGAAAAAAGCAUAAUAAAUGUCAUUUAUGGAAAUUAAUCUGAGAACAAUUUUAAUGAUAGAUUUUCAAAAAAAUGAACAUUUUUAUCUCAAUAAAAUUGAAAACGCUGUUUUUCUCAAAGGCACUGUUCAACUCAAGGCAAGAUUGGAUAGAGAGAAGAGUGACACAGAGGUCUUUCAGAUCAUUGCAAGAGACAAUGGCAGCCCACAGCUUUCAUCUUCAGCAACUGUCACAGUGACAGUGUUAGAUGAUAAUGACAACUCUCCCAUCUUUGAACCUCACAACAACAGCUUUGCUGUUUUAGAGAAUGUGGCAGUUGGGUAUUUUGUGACAAGACUCAAAGCAACAGAUAAAGAUAUUGGGGAUUAUGGUACAGUUUAUUACACCCUCGAAGGCUCAGACAAUGAUGGAAGCUUUGCUAUUGCUGAAAAAACGGUAGGGAUACAAUUGUUCAAAAUGAGGAGGGAGUGGAGAUAAGGUUGAAUGAGAACAGAAUAUUUAUGCCAUGUGGUUGCAAGGUAUCAUAAUUUUGGAUCAUGGUGUUUUCCAAAUAAACUUGGAAUGAUGUGUCAGUACAGGACAUAAUUGCACUGAUAGCCAAAACAUCAGACCCCUUGUGUUUGCUUCUAUUGAAGUGUUUAGAAUCCGGAAACUGCUUGUCAUGCAGCCUCUCUCUCCCCCCCCCCCAACCCCAAUUACCAAUACUAUUUAUCCUGUUCAAAAAGAGAAUGUUGCUGUUAGUUAAAAUCACCAAUGGAUAAGUAAGGUGGACUGCAUCCUUUUAUUUCAGAGUUAAUAUUUUGUUAAAUAGCUAUUUCUGCAAAGUGAGACAACACUGCAAAGUGAGACAACACUGCAAAGUGAGACAACACUGCAACGUUUGUUUUCCUCAACAGAGUGAGCAACACCAUUUUAAUAUUCAGUUUAAGCUGACAAAUGUUUCCCAUUAUUUUUAUAAUAAAUGGUAGAAUGCUUUAGAUCAGAGUUUCCCAAACAUUAAAGUUUGGUGGACUGGUGGAUCUGUACCAGGGACUGGUGGAUAAGUUACCUAUUUACACCAGAGACUGGAGGAUAUGUACCAGGGACUAGUGGAUAAGUUACCUAUUACACCAGAGACUGGUGGAUCUGUACCAGGGACUAGUGGAUAAGUUACCUAUUACACCAGAGACUGGAGGAUAUGUACCAGGGACUAGUGGAUAAGUUCAGAGACUGGUGGAUCUGUACCAGGGACUGGUGGAUGCAUUACCUAUUUACACCAGAGACUGGAGGAUAUGUACCAGGGACUAGUGGAUAAGUUACCUAUUACACCAGAGACUGGUGGAUCUGUACCAGGGACUGGUGGAUAAGAUACCUAUUACACCAGAGACUGGAGGAUACGUUACCUAUUACACCAGGGACUGGUGGAUAAGUUGACAAAUGCACCAGGGACUGGUGCUAUAUUUAUUAAUUAUUGUUAUCAUUUUACUCUAAUAUUGUAUAAUUUAUUUUUUAAUCCUUAAUCAGACAAUGGGAGAAGACUCUGUUAACUAUCAACAUGUAAUGCUAGCCGUCGUACACGUUUUAUUAUUUUUGUUUCAAUUUAUUUAGUUUGUCUGUUUUAUUUUUUCCUCAUAUUUUGUUGUCCAUUAAGGUAAGGCUCAUAGACAGUUGCACUGACCACUGACCAUUACUCUGGGAUACACCUUUGUAUACCCUUUUUUUCUUUUAUUGGAAAAUUUCAAGAAAUCUUAAGAAUUUUAGAAUAUCCAUAAUUUCAUGCACAACAUAUCUUCAAUGGCUAAACUUAGUAUGAAUGCAAUUAUUUAGCAAUUCUGGGAAUGGGCUAUCUAAAGUGUGACAUUCUACUCUUUCCAUCUCUUUGAUAGGGAGACAUCAGUGUGGCAAGAGCUCUAGAUCGAGAAUCAAAAGCUUUCUUUAGGUUGGAAGUGGUUGCAAAAGACUCUAAAUCUAACUUAGAUCAACAGAGGGUGACACGAUCCGAUACAAUCACAAUCAAUAUAACUGAUGUGGAUGACAAUCCUCCCAAAUUCACGUCCGUCAUCCCGGAAAAACCAGCUGUUCCAGAAAAUUCUAAUUUGACAUUUAUAGUAGCCAUUGUCUCAGCAGACGAUGCAGAUGACAAGACAACAGACAAUGGGAGAAUUAUGUAAGAUUUAAAAUAAAAAAAUUCAGACUCUUGUAAUUUAUAAUUAAAAAUUGAAAUUUAUUUUAUCUCAUUAUCAUUUAAUUUAGUGACAGACUUUCCUUCCACAGUUUUCUUCCAGAUGACUUUUUUAAGAUGAGCACAUGUACUACCUUAUCUCCAGAAGAGCAGCCGUGAAUUAGAUUGUGGGAUUUGAAAGGAUAACACUUGACAUUUUCCCCUUUGCUAACCAGCAUACGUCUAGUCAAUCUGUUUUUAUUUUUGUGGACAGGCCUGGCAGCUGUAGGACUCCCUGUACCAUUAUUUGUAUUCCUUCUUAUGAUUUCUUGUAACAGACAUUAAAUAAUGGUGUUUCCUCGAAACUUUUUAUGAUUGAUAAAACUAAUGCUGAUCAUUUAGCUAAUAGCACUGCAGCUCAAAAUGGCUCAUACACAGGAUUUUUAGAGUUUGUCAUAUUUGUUAAUGUUACUUUGAUGAACAAUCUUUCAAGUUGGUUCCGACAAUUUUUUUUUCGACCAAUUUUUAAAAUUGUUUAAUAAUAGAACCGGUGUAAUUCACAGUAACACUUAAAAUUAUUUUUAAAUACUAACAUAGAUCAGUAUGCCUAUUAUGUAACAUAGAUCAGUAUGUCUACUAUGCAUUUAAAAAAACAACAACAUCUUUAAAACGUUAUGAAUAAAAACGACAUUUUCUUUUCUGUCAAUAGCUUUUCACUGACAACUGAUACCAACGCCACCAAUGGUAGUGGGGUAAAUCUGUUUAAGGUCAACCAGUCCACUGGUGUGAUAACUCCAUCAGUUUUUUUAAAUGGCUUGUCGGGUAUCUACUACAUCACAGUCAUGGCUACGAACAACGCUCAGAUUUUCAAUGCAACUAAGAGAAUUUUCAUAGAAAUUAUUGACGUCAAUGAUCACAUUCCCAAGUUUACCAGGCCAAACAUCGAUAAUGCUGUCAUCUAUGUACCGGAGGUAAAUUAUACCAAUACAUAUACCACUCUUAUAUUAUAUUAUCUACCCUAGGAAAUAGUAGAAAAGGAAGUUUUAUAGUUCAUCAAUCUUCACGCCAAAGAAGGACAAUAGUAAAGUAAAAAGACUUAAACUUCAAUAUAUUGUUGUUGUUUUUUAAUUUAGCACAAUGACCUCGUUAACCCUUGAAACCUGAAAUAAUAUUUACAGCUAUAAAUUUGUUUCAUAGCAUGAAAGCAUUUUUACUGACAUGCUGUGUUUAAAAUGUAGUCUAAUUUUACACUCAUAAACUAAAAUUAGAUAAAUUUAUUUAAAAUACUGGUACCGGUACCCAGGAUAUAAUAUUGUGAAAUAUUUUUACAUUACGUUUAAAGCUACCGUAUUCAAAAUGAGUUGGUGGAGAUGUUGUCUUUUUCAAUCAAAGCAUAAUAUCUUUUAUCUGGACCCUCACCAUGUAGAAUUCAGAACGUGGAACUUCAGUAUUUCAACUAGAAGCCACGGAUGAGGAUGCUGGCUCCAAUGGCGUAGUGCAUUUCUCUAUUGUUUCAAUGAACAGUGACAAAGAUGGCUCUCGUGUGUUUGCUGUGGAUAAAGUGACUGGACUCAUCACCACAACAGCAGAUAUCAAUGCAGAAAUUCAGAACCACUAUGAGGUUAGACAACCACAAAGUGUGUAUAUAUAAUCCUCAUACAUUUCAGUACACAUAGGAAGAAAUUAAAUUCUUGUCAUAUAUUUUGGUAUGUUAAAGAUACUUUUUUAUGUUUAAUUUAUUUCCAACAUUUGAUUGCUGAUGUUAGUUCUGCACUUAAAGAGCAAUAAGAGGGAGACUACUCCAAAAAAGUUUCAAGUUAAGAGUCAGCACUUUGUUAACUUUGGCCUAAUUUUUUUAUGUCUGCAGCUGAAGCUGGAAGCCAGAGAUCUCGGUAUCCCUAUACCAUUCAUUGCCACAGUGACCAUGGUCAUUUUAGUGCAGGACAAAAAUGACCACAAGCCUGAAUUUGUGGGCUAUAAAGUGCCUUACCCAAUAGGAAUAGUAGAAAAUCAGCUGGUCUGCACCAAUGUCAGCCUAGCCAUUGAUAGAGAUGUCAACAUGAACUUCUCCAUCAUUUGUUACUAUCUUGUGGGUAAGAUGACUUCGGCGAUGUGUCUUUUAUUUAAAUGUUCAUUAUACAGAGUAUCAGUAUUACUAUUAGUCUAUAUAAGUACCAUAACGGUAUAACAAUUUGAGUUGUGAAAUGAAGCAUCCCAGGUUAUUAAUCAGCCGUAUUCAAAAGUGUUGGAAAAACUAUUUGUUAGUAAGUACCGGAAUUUGUUCAUAGUACAGAUGAAUAUAAACUAUAUAGUAGAAUUUAUAACUGUGUAAUUAUGUUAAAUGUCAGAGUAAAAAAAAUUAUCAGUUGAAUUAAAAAAAAAAAAAUUAUCAGUUGAAUUAAGAAAAAAAAAAAGGAAAGACAUAGCUUUCAGGAAAUAUAUUAUGUAAAAAAAGUAAUACAUUACUUACAGGUAAUCUGUUGCUGUUAUUUUCUUUUCUUUACGUUCCUCUAAUGUUAGAUAAUUGAUCGACUCCAUUAGAGUCAUUAUUUCUUCUAAUUAGGAACCAAAAGAACAAUGUCAAGACUUACACAGUUGAAUUAAGCUGGCUUAACUUGAGUAGUCAUUGAGAUUAAAGCUUUUUUCUUUGUUUUGUUGUUGACAGGUUCAUCGUUGCUAGACACUUUUAUCCUGGACAAACCCAGUGGCAUGCUCUGCACAAACACAACACUUGACAGAGAGAGUACACCCUACGUCAACAUCGUCAUACAGGCCCUGGAUGAUUGUUACAAGUGAGAAGGAACUUUUCACUACAAUAAACAUAUACAUCUUUCCAUUUGUCAUACUGGAGUGGAAUAGGCAACUUUUUUUUUCACUCUAAGUUAACUUCUCCCUUUCGUCAUUAAGGACUUUUUUUUGUGACUUAGGAGUUCCCAUAAUCUCUUCAAAUAACUUCCCUGCAAGGCUACUAUUUGCUUCACUGGGCCACUACCCAUGCUGGCAAUGACCCAAGACAAAUAAAUGGAAUCUUGCUAUCUCCUGAGUGAGCCAUGCCACCAUUGUAAAUAUACUAUCUCCUGGUUGUGAAUGAGCCAUGCCACCAUUGCAAACCUACUAUCUCCUGGUUGUGAGGAGCCAUGCCACCAUUGUAAACCUACUAUCUCCUGGUUGUGAGUGAGCGAUGCCACUAUUGUAAACCUACUAUCUCCUGGUUGUGAGUGAGCCAUGCCACCAUUGCAAACCUUAUGUGUCCUGAUUGUGAGUGAGCCAUGCCACCAUUGCACUACAGAACCAUGAAAUUUGAAACAAUGCUUGUGUCUAAUAAUUUUACGUGAAGAGUAAAAUGAUCACAGAUUUUAAUACCUUUAAAAUAAAUUGAUGUUAUCAUUUAUUCAAUGAUUCACCUGUUAUAGGCACUUAUUAUAAAGUUUUGGGUUAUAGUAAACGUCUUUCUUGUUCUUAAGGAGAGAUGUUAAAUGAGAUUAAUGUUUUGUUGUUGUAUAAGAUGGGAGACAAUUUGAUAAAAUGUAGUAGGCCUACAUUUUUUAAAAUCAAAUUGUUGGCAUACAUACCCCCAUGGCUCCAGUAGGGCAUUCCCAUUAUGGCAUGUUGAUUAAGAGGCGCUACCGCUGACCCCUUGGCAUUAUCAGGGGCACAAUAUUACCAUGUGGGGGACCUGCGCGUUACAGGUCUUGCAUGGAAUCUGCAUUAAAAAGAGCACAACUGUACGGUACAUAGCAAGUGGCAUAGCUGCACGGUACCUAGCCAGUGGUAUAGCUGCACGGUACCUAGCCAGUGGUAUAGCUGCACGGUACCUAGCCAGUGGUAUAGCUGCACGGUACCUAGCCAGUGGUACAGCUGCACGGUACCUAGCCAGUGGCACAGCUGCACGGUACCUAGCCAGUGGCACAGCUGCACGGUACCUAGCCAGUGGCACAGCUGCACGGUACCUAGCCAGUGGCACAGCUGCAUGGUACUUAGCCAUUGGCACAGCUGCAUGGUACCUAGCCAGUGGCACAGCUGCAUGAUACCUAGCCAGUGGCACAGCUGCAAGGUACCUAACCAGUGGCACAGCCGCACGGUGCCUAGCCAGUGGCACAGCUGCAUGGUACCUAGCCAGUGGCACAGCUGCAUGGUACCUAGCCAGUGGCACAGCUUCACGGUACCUAUCCAUUGGCACAGCUGCACAGUACCUAGCCAGUGCAGUUGAAAAUAAAGCCAGGAAUAGGUUGGGAUAUGAUUACAUGUUGACAUUAAUAGAUAUGAGACAUGGGUGGAUUGUGGCAGCUCAUGGCAAUGAUUGUAUCAUACAGACUAUGAGGGGACUGUUCCUAGGCAACAACUUUGUCCCAGCUACAAUGUGACUUGAUCUCAAAGUAGAAACCACACGUAGAGUAGAGAUCCCUAUUAGAGGGCAUCUGGCGCCACCCCGGGAUGGGAAGGGUUUUUUUCAUGGAUGCUAAGAUAUAACCAUCCCAGCUCCAAGGAAGUGCAACUUCUGGUGUUUGUGAAAGUAGCACCACCAGCUAGCCAGGUAUACCUUUGUUGAUGCUCCCCACUCCCAUAGACAAUCAAGUGGAAGGCAGGUGGGGGCUGUCUCAGUGGCAGAGUACCUCCAGCGUGCCACUUCACGGAUGACUAGUUAACGAGCGCUAUUAGGUUUGGGGGAAGAAGGGGUAUGUCAGGGAAAACACAAUGAGCUCUGGCUUGAUGGUCUGCUGUUUUUCUUAACAUAUUACAUUAGUAAAAUAAAUGUGAACAUAUGUGUUAUCAAAGUAUCUUUUUCUGUCUUUACCCUCAAAAAUAGUUAAGAGUGUUUGUUUUUUCCAAUAACAGGACAGAUGUUGUGACAGACAAGAUCUACCCUUUUGAAAAUGGCCAGCUGUACCCACUCAUGUACAGACCAACAUACACAGACAAACUCUGGCUGGAAAUACAGGUUGUGUAUUAGUCUAAUGAAUUCUCAACUAUUCAGAUUAUGUUGUGCUACCCCAGUAUUUUCAUAACACUAAACCCCACAUAAAAUGAGCAUAUUUAAGAUUUUAAUGAAUUUAUAUCCAUUUCUAUAUAUUUAAUUCAAUAUAUAGGUGCAAGACGUCAAUGAUAAUGCUCCAAGUUUUAAGAGCAAAGAAAUGACACUAGGAGUUACAAGGGUCACACAGUUUGGCAAGUUUGUAUUGGAGUUGAAGGCAAGCCAGCGAUUGUAUUUGGAAACUUUAGUAUUUAUCAGUUUACACUAAAUAAAUAACUAUAACAGCAACCAACUAUUGAUUUGCCUCAUCAUAUGUUACAAAUUUUUUUUUUUUUAUUACUGUUGUGAACUAGUUUGUUGUGAAUGUUGGGUAGGGGGAGUCGUGAAUCGUGAGAGUGUUUUGUGAGUUGUUGAUCCUGAGGUCAGAGCGUGAAGUUAGUCCGUGGUGUGGAACGUUUGCCUAGGCUGAGUUGUUUGUGUGGUAUUAUAAAAGGGAUGUGUGUUAGCUAGGGUCAGAGAAGAAAGGUAGAAGGGCAAGAGAAGAAUUGUUAGUCGUCAAAAGUUGUCAGUUAAGAGUUAGUCAGUAGCGAUAGGAGCGAGUGGAUAAUUGGUAGUUGGACUGAUGUGUGUUCCACGCGCCAUAAUAUAUUGUCAUUCAAUAGCAGUAUCCUGUUUUGUGAAAUAAUAAUAAAAUAUUAUAUAUUGUUACACUGGACCUUGUGUUUUAUCUGAGAGAUUCAUACACCCUAGACAACGUAAGAGGGCCGUAACAUUUAAAGUAUAACAAAGGUCGUAACAAUUACCAUUGAUUUUUGUAAUUGUGUAAAAUUUAGACUAAUAUUUCUUAUAUAACUCAAAAUGUUUAACGGUUUUGUAAGACAUGUUCCUUGUCAAGUUCUUGUUUCAGAAUUGUUUACUUGUAUUGCAGGACGAUGUCGAGGACAAAGAUACAGAGCGUUGGGGCGUGGAUUUUUUCAAUGCCACAUCUCCAUUCAGAGCCUACCCCGAUGUCUUGAAAAAUGAGCUGGAAGGUUUGGGAGUAACAGAGCCCUUUAAGCUCUUCAACAACGGUUCAUUGAAAACUAACAUGUAUUUCAAGCCACAGAUGUCUGGUUUCUUCAUGGUGGACUUGCAGGUGACUGACAAAGGUGGCCUGUCAGACACAGCAAGACUCAGGGUAAGGUUGGGAUUGGACAACUUGGGUAGGCUGCUGGGAGAUGUGUCACACGAUUGUUAUCAAGCUAAAUAUACAUUAAACUUUUAUUUGAGUAAUUCUUGCCAUGAAUAUAUAAUAAAUGAUAAAAUCAGGUUUAUGUUUUUAAAAAAAUAUUGACACUAAGACAUGAUACGUUACUCUCAUGUAACUUUAGUUGUGGUGAGCUUUUGAAAUAGUUUUAACAUUAUUUUAGAGUUUUGAGUGAUGGAAAGAUAUUUAAGUCAAAUUUAUUAAGAAAUAACUGGCAUUAACAAACAAAAGAUUUGGUCAACCCACAUUGAAUGCAAGUUGAUUUAAUUGUCACUUUGGUUGCAAAUGUCAUUCUUUUUGGAUUUAGAUAGUUGUAUGGGAUAGUUGUAGUAAUCCUUUUAGGUUUCUCUAAAAAAUAUCUCUUACUGCCAUUAAUUAAGACAAUUCAUUUCAAACUCUUUAAACAUCUUUAAAGGUGUGAAAAAAUAAAUAUGUGUACAUUUGACAUUUAUUUUGACUAAAUGGAAGUGCAUAUUAUAUUUCUAAGUUGAUAUUAUUUUUGAUAUCAAGAAAUUUUUUUAAAUUAUAAUCGGAAUUAUGAACCUAUUUACAUUGGCUUAUACUAACUCUUUCAGCAGCUAAACAAUAUCCCAUUACUCACAUGACUCUCUCCCCAACACUUAAAUCAUUGAGCUCAAAUCAUAAAUAUUAUGUUGACCUACCAGUUGAUGGUUUCAUUUUUUUCAAAAUGAAAUUGCCCUCAAUAUGAUGUCAUCAAAUAUAUCUAAGAUGUAGAGAGUAUUUUAAUACAGCCUACACACUCACUAUGCUGUUCUCAAUAUGAUGUCAUCAAAUAUAUCUAAGAGGUAGAGAGUAUUUUAAUACAGCCUACACACUCACUAUGCUGUUCUCAAUAAGAUGUCAUCAAAUAUAUCUAAGCUGUAGAGAGUAUUUUAAUAUGGCAUACACACUCACAAUGUUGUGUACAAAUUGAAUCUGUUUUGUGAUAUGAAUUGUAAGCUGUAAAUAAAUAUUGAGCUACAGAGUUCAUACAGCUCACACAAAUAACAAAUAUGAUUUUUAAAAAUGAUUUAUUUUUUUCAUCUUCAUGAAUAUUUACAUUUAUUGAAUUUCAGAUUUCUUUGAUUAAUGAUGAUCAGCGGCUGAUAGUUGUGUUUAGAAGAACAAUAGACACAGUAGGACCUAUUAAAGACAUUAUUGUUAGGUAAAAUUUGACUUCUCAUUCAAUUUUUUUUUUCUUUCAUAAAAGAAAUUUAGACAUGGCUUAAAAAGUUUUUACCAAAAUAUUUCUUUUGGUUUCAAAUGGAAAGAAAAAUAAUAUAAGUAAUUUUUCAAUUUACUAAGACUAUAAAUAUAUUUUAAAAAUUUUCUUUUACUUCCAGUGCCCUAAGUAAUAAAAUAGGUGUCAGAAUUGUUGUUGAUUCUAUUCAAACACAUCAGACAGAUACAGGCCAGGCAGACUUGGCCAAGUAAGUUAAUUUUCACUGUACACCCAAAUAUUUAAAAAAAAAUUGUAACAGAUACAUGACAAUAUGAGGUGUAUAAACAUGCGGUUUAAAAAGAAAACAAUACAAACUAUUUUUUUAGGAAUGUGUAAUAAAAUACCUAAAUUAUUACUUCCUACACGAUUUAGAAAAAAACAAUGUAAUUCAAAAUAUCUAAUCGGCUUAGUUAUCAAUACAAAACAAAUAGGUUAUAAACAUAGUUGUGUGUUCUCAUCAAAAGGACAGAUUUGUUUAUACAUGGUGAAGAUUAUAAGACCAAUGAAGUCAUCCCUGCUUUAAGGCUUUUGAGGUAUGAUUAUAAGCUUCCAUUAACUUUUAAAUCAUGAUUAUUAUAUAUAUUUAUAUAAUGCUUUUCAGGAGUUUUAUAAAUGUUUGAUCAUUAUUUAAGCUGAACUUAUAUUGUUUUAUUUACACAAAUUGUUUGUAUCUAAUUAAUGUUCUUGAAAACUUUACCACAGUCCAACCCUCGUAUGAUUCAUAAUUACCACAGUCCAACCCUCUUAUGAUUCAUAAUUACCGCAGUCCAACCCUCUUAUGAUUCAUAAUUACCGCAGUCCAACCCUCUUAUGAUUCAUAAUUUCAGCAUGAUUGAUCAGAAGAAUGCCCAGUUGAUCACCUUACUCAAUGAAUACAAUGUCCUGCAGAUUGUGGUAUGGAGUUUUCUUCUCAUUUUGUUUUGUUUAAAUCUAUCUGAAGUUAAUUUUAUUAGUUUGAGACUUGUAAGUCCAGAAUUAACCUGGACAUUCCUUGUGAUUUUGUUAUCUUUGACUUUAUUCGUUUUAGUUUUAUUGAAUGAGCUGUUCUUAAUACUUGCUUCACACAGCUUAAACAAUAUUAUCCACUACAAGUAGGUGAACUAGAUUUAAAGCAUGACAGGGAUAAAUUAAUGGACUGGGGAAAAAAAUUUAUUUCUUGUAUAUUUAUCAAAGACAAUUUAUGUAUCAUUACAUUGAUUUUAGUAUCUGCAAAUAUCAUAAAGAGUAAAUGUUGAUAAGAAUUGUCAUCUAUCAUUCUUAUACAAUUGCUAGAAGAUAACUGUUGUUGACAUUUUUCACAGCCUGCCCAACAGGACAAGGUGGACAAUAGUGUUGAAGAAAAGUUAAAAAUGGCCGUCAUCCUCAUAUCUGUUGUUUUAGGUUUAAUCUGCAUUGUCCUGGCCAUUGUGCUCUUUUAUGUUCAUAGAAGGUAAGAACUGUUCUUAACUGAAACUUGCUAUUUGAUAAGUUUUUAUAAUAAACAGCUGAGAGAUCUUUAAUUUCUUAAAGUUUUCUUACAUAUUUAUUAAAGAAAAUUUUGAAUUUAAACAAAAAAAUGUGUUUAACUUUAAAAACGGGUUGCUGAAAUUUUACUUUCAUCUUCAGAUAUCAAAGAAAAUUAAAGGCAGCUACAGCAAUGGCUUACAGUAAGUAUGUGGAUGGGGGGGUGAGGUGGGAUGGGAUGAAGUACCAUAAUCUUAAAUAAUUACCUUAGAAUGUUAAUAUUUAGAUAAAUAAUUUUACAAGAAUGUGCACAAGGAAAUGUAAAAAAUGGUUGAAAGUUUCCUACAUUUGAGUCACAUAUCUACUGUAUGCUACAUGACUUCUCAUGCUGUUCUCACAAUUAAGAUUGCAUUCAAAGACUAAUUCAUUUAUUUCAUUAUAAAAAAACGUUAUUGUAAUAUUACUGCUGUCAAAACAAUAACAUUUAUGUCCAUAAUAUUGUUCUUUACAGUCAACUCAGGAGUUGGUACGAAGUUAAAUGUGGUCAUAUUUGUAAAAAUAUUCAUUUUAUUCAAGCUUUUUUUUAAAAAUUUGAACAAAGACCCUGAAUCAUGAGUUUAAGACUUCUUUAAAAAAGCGCUGAAAAAUCGAGAAUAAUCUUAUUUAAUGUUUGAGACUGUAAUUGAUCUAUAAUUUAUUUUAUUUUAUCUUAAACUCUAGUGGAUAUCUCUUUUUAAUUAGCUUUUUAUGAUAAAUUUGUGUUUCAAACAACAUAAUAAAAUAUUUGACACUAAAUUUAAAAAUACUCUACAAUAAAUUACUCUUACUUAUUAAAAAUAUAUUUAUUUUUGUUUUCUUAAAGUCAUUACCGCUUACUUUUAUGUGCCAUUCUAAAUGCCAUAAUAAUUUGUUACAUGUUAUUUCUUCAAUUUACAAGAGUCUUGUUUGCAAUUUUGCCUUUUUAAUUGUUAAAGUUUAACUAUGAAAAUAUUAUGAGUAAGUUAAAAUUUUAUAUUUUAGAAGGCUUUCUUGAACUGUUUAUUGAUAAUGACAAAAUGAAAUCUCCUAACCAUUACAGCUCCUAGUGACAGUGACUUAUACAAAGCUGAUAUUCCAGGAACACAAAUUAAUUCCUUUGAAAAGUAAGUAUGUUUUUUCUUCAUCUAGAAGAAUCUGUUUUGUGUUAGAAAAAUUUAGUUUUGAAAAUAUAUUAUUUGGUAGACUAAUCUUCAGUAAGCUACAAGGAUCCUUGCAAAACAAUGUUUAAACAUUUAGCUUUAUUGCAGUUUAACCCUCAUAUUUUGUCAAAAAUACCCUUAAAUAUUUUAGGGUAACUACAUAGAAAAAACACUUAAAUUAUUAUGGUAACUAACUAGAAAAAAAAGUAAGAUUUUACUUUUACUUUAUUUUAGCCAUUAGCAUUAAUCCUAAUUAUAGCAUUGAAUCAUUACACAAUUGGUUAUAGUUAUAGCACAAUGUUGGGUUUUUUAAUUCUCUGCAUAUCAAGUCCAUUUUAGUUUACUAUAAUGCAUAUUCUCAACAAACUUAAUUGCUUAUCUGUGUUAGACAUUAAACUAAUCUAUGUUAGUGGUGUCUCCUACAUAAUAUUUAUAUUUUUAACAAAUGUAAUUAUCUACUAAUUAUGAUUAUUUUUGCAUCCUUUCAUAAUAUAUUAGAUAUAUUAUAUCUUUUUUUUUAAAUCUUCCUCUUUUGCUACAUUUUACUGAAUAGAUAUUCUUUGUUAGAAAAUUAAUAUGAAUUCAUAAUAUUUUGCUUGUGAUUAAGUUUGCAUCUGUUCCACAGCUAAUAUAAUUUGAUUGCUUGAACUGGCUUUGGUUUUGGUUGCUAAAAUCUAACCCUUAGAAAUGCAUGUUUCUCCCUGUAUUAUAAAAACAUGAAUUGCUGGCAAUAUUUAACUUCAUAUUCCCCCAUAGCAAAUAGGUAUAGGCCCUACAGAGCUAAUUGCUAUACAAAGCAAAUUGGUGUAAAGCAAAGCAGCUUAAUUUGCUAGAUUUGCAAGAGAGAACUUAAAAAUUAACAGGCAGAGACAUUAUUUAACACAAUAUAUUUCUGACAACUACACAUUUAAGUAAUUUAAAACAAAAUAGUUUUGUGCUCUGCAUAACUUUAUAAGAUAUAAAAAAAAAGAAAGCAACACUACUAGCCUGACCAUUUAAGAUUUCCUUCUGUUAGAUGCAAACUUUACAUUAGUGUUUUACCUCUCCUUUUUAUUUUCUUCUCUCCUUUCUUUUCACUUUGUUGCAUCAGACCGAGAUUAUUUGAAGGACAAACCAGAUUUUAAUUGUAUGUAUUUUUUUGAGUGUUUUCAUGUACUAUUCAGUUUUGGUUGUCACCGUUUGUCUGUCCUGAGUCUGUAUGUUUUGAUCCCCACUUAUGCUGUGCCUUUGUUUUUAAUCCUUUUAAAUCAUUCCAUAGACUUUAAAGGCCCACUCACACAACAGAGAUGCUCUUAUUCAAACAACGUCACGUAUCUCAAAAUUGGCAUGAUCAAUUAUGUUAAGUUUCAUUUUUAUCUAAUAGUAGCAGCUUAGAUAAGUGAGAAACAUUUUACAUUUUAUUGCAUAAGUCUUCAUUUAGAAUUUAAAACUAUCAAAACACAUUCAGUAUUAUAUGACAAUGACAUGUAAUAAUUUAUUGCCCAAAAAUUACUUCAAAAAGUUGAAGAAUCCCACGCAAAUGCCGUCUAAUAGCUUUUACGCUAAUGCUGUCAAACAGGUUUUAAUAAGCUAAUGCUGACUAACAGCUUUAUGAUACCAAUUAGGUUAUAGAUAUUAUAAGACUAUUAAAAAAUUUUUAAACUGAUAUGCCUGAAAUUCUUGUUAUGAAAAUAAAAUUGAUUAUUCAAACUUAAUAAAACCAGAACAUUUUAGCUUGACGGUUGGAUAAGAAAUGCACAAAGCUUGUAAAUCUAUAUUAGAUUCACUGCAACACAUUUAAAGACUGUAGGCUACUUGAUCACCAGCAUUUUUGCAUCUCAUUAAUGAAUUGAUCACCAGCUGCCAUGCAUCUCAUUAAUGAAUUGAUCACCAGCUGCCAUGCAUCUCAUUAAUGAAUUGAUCACCAGCUGCCAUGUAACUCAUUAAUGAAUUGAUCACCAGCUGCCAUGCAUCUCAUUAAUGAAUUGAUCACCAGCUGCCAUGCAUCUCAUUAAUGAAUUGAUCACCAGCUGCCAUGCAUCUCAUUAAUGAAUUGAUCACCAGCUGCCAUGCAUCUCAUUAAUGAAUUGAUCACCAGCUGCCAUGCAUCUCAUUAAUGAAUUGAUCACCAGCUGCCAUGCAUCUCAUUAAUGAAUUGAUCACCAGCUGCCAUGCAUCUCAUUAAUGAAUUGAUCACCAGCUGCCAUGCAUCUCAUUAAUGAAUUGAUCACCAGCUGCCAUGCAUCUCAUUAAUGAAUUGAUCACCAGCUGCCAUGCAUCUCAUUAAUGAAUUGAUCACCAGCUGCCAUGCAUCUCAUUAAUGAAUUGAUCACCAGCUGACAUGCAUCUCAUUAAUGCUGUUUUAUUAUGGAUAUUGGCUGGAUAUUCAAAAUUACAAAUUUAAAAGUCAGAAAUCCCAGAUGAUUCAUGUUUAUAUAUUCACCACAAUGAUGAUAAAGGCUAGCAUGUACAAAAGGCUUAGUUUGUUAAAAUUUAAAUUUAUUGAAAGUUUAGAGAGUAGAGUUGACUGGAAAGUUCUGCUGCAUGAUUCAUUGACAAAUGAUCCUUUAUAAUAGUGUAUAUUUAAUAUUCGUUUCAAAUCACUUUGUGUGUUCUGUUGCUUUAAAUGGAAUCUAUAAUUAUUUUAUAGAUGCUUCAGUUUUAUACUCUUGUAUGUCACCCUUGUUAAAAUUUUAUUUGCAAUGAGAUUAUUGUAGAUAUCUAACUAACAUGUCUGUUCCAUGCAAUCUCUCUCCAUCACACAACACAAAAUUGGGUGUCACAUUAUUUUAAAUCUUUACAAUUUUUAAAAUAAAUUUUAAAUAAAAAGUAUUAAAUAAUCAAUGUAUUAAAUAGGAUAUGCCUAACCUUGCUAGGAAUAGUAAAGGAUGAACACUUUGGUUCUAUUGUCAGGGGUUGCUUGACAAUAAAAAGAAUUUCUGAAUUUCAGUUAUAUAUCCUACAUAAGCCCACCUAGGCCAGCUUUUACUACAGGUAACUCGUACACCUCGUACGGUACAUUUUAAACUAACUAGAUCUGUUGUCUCGCUUGCAUGGGGAUAGCUGUUAGAGGAUUAUGAACUCUAACUCUUAAACUCUUAUCUACGCUUGACCUGACUACUUGCCCUUUGUUUACUCAGCUUGAGCCUUGCGAUGUGAUUGGUCACUUAAUGCAUGGAUGAAUUGGGGGGUGGGGGUCAAUGCAGUUUUUGGGGUGGGAUGUGCAAUAUAAAAAUUAAAUAAGUUUGAUGCCCACAAGGCAAUUUUUAAAAAAAAAAUGUAUUUCAUCCCUUUAGUUUCUAGAAUGUUUUGGUGCCUUUAGGAAACCCAAUCUAGCCUUUGCGUCAAAAUGUGUACAUGUGGACUGAACAGGAACCUGUUGCUUUACACACACAUUCGAUUGCAAUUAAUUGUUUAACAGCAACUCACUGUUGUUAAGUCUAAUUUUUAAUAUUGGUUUUAUUUAGUGUCCUGGGAAAUAUACACACAAUAUAUUUGAUGGUCUAUGAUUAAUAUAAUGAAGUUGAUGUUUAAACAAUCUCACUGUUGCUUAGUUAGGCUUAGCUUGCUCAAAUAGGCCCUAAAUUUACUCUUAAGAAAUGUGCUUCAGCUGUUGUUAAAUUUCGAAUUUUCAGAUAUGUAUAUUAUAAAUGAAAUGAGAUAAUAUUUUAUUCCAUGUUAAAUCAAAAUAAACUUGAGUUUCAAAUGAAACUUAGAUGACAUUUUUAACAAAAACUGUUUAGAAAAAUUUAUCAGCUCACAUAAGGAAAGAAAUGUUUAAUGUCAAUUUUUGUAGCUGCUCAAAAUAUGUAGAUCACAUUAUUUAACUGGUUCUAUGUGUGCACUUCCCUCUUUCACAGUGCCAACCCCAUAUUCUUAGAGAAGAUUAUGUUGGAUAGACGUGAUGAUGGGUAG